GUCACCUGCUGAGGAGCCUGAGGGUGGGCUUGGUCCUGGGCUCCGGUCUAUCCCUGUGAUGGUCGCUCAGCGGGGUCUGGCGACCUGGCGCUGAGCGGCUGCCAGCGGGGAUCUUCCUCUUCAUCUAGGCCCAGGCACUGGCGUGAGAACCCGAACUGGGUGCUGGACGAGCGCCCCCCACCCGAAACUCCUUGGGACCUUCAACAAGUAAAAUGCAAGAAGUUUGCUAAUAAAGAUAUCACCAAAGGCUAGAGAGAAGAUCAUCUAGAGGAAAUGCUGGCAGUAUGGCCUGUGUUGAUUCAAAAAUCUCAACAGCAGAUUCUCUCGUUUUAGGGGCUAUCCAGAUUAUGAUUGGUGUCUUUCAUGUUUUCAUGUGGUACUUCCUAUUGGUUUUGUAUAUGGGACAAAUUAAAGGAGUCUUUGGAACAUAUGAGCCUAUAACUUACAAAACAGGAUGUACUUUAUGGGGAACUUUCUUUAUCAUUGCAGGAGCCUUCAUAAUAAGAGUAACAAAGCAUCCAACUCGAUCCGGAAUUGUAUGUACUUUAAUCAUAAAUGUCUUCUGCAUAAUGACUACAAUCAUUGCUGUAACUCUAACAAUAAUUGAGUUGUCUCAUUUUAAGUCUGUGUCAUAUAGGAAUUAUGGACAAGCGAAACUUGGAAGGGAAGUAUCACGUAUUUUACUGUUCUUCUAUCCUUUGGAAUUUUCUAUUGCACUUGCAUACUCAAUAUGUAGCUGUUGUAAGUUGUUUCAAAGACAUGAAGGUGAUGCUACAUCUGUUCCUGAGGAAGCUGAGAGCUCUUUUUAAAAACUCUAGAAAUGUAAGAAUUUUGCUGUUGCUGAUGCCUGAUGUGGGUCCUAAUGAUAUCUCUGUAUACCAAAGCAGUUAUGUGCAAAAUAAAAUACAAACAAGGUGAAUUUUUCUCCUCA